UUUUUUUGUUACAUUCAAAAGAAACAGCUGAAGAGACACAGCAGUUCUAGAAAGCUGAAAUAACCAAACUGAGCAUCCAAAAGCAAGAUGAUGAAGACCUUCCUCCUACUCAUCCUCACACUGACGACAGGUAAGACUGUUAACGAUACAUGAUACCUUUAAACCAAUCAGCACAACUACCCUGACUGUUUGGAAAGAGCGUAAAAAAGCUGUUUGCUUCAUUUUAGCCAUUAGUUACCGUCAGACUGACAGAAAAGAGUGAUGCAGAACUGUACCACAAAUCUAUAUUAUUCCUAAACAAAACCAGGUUCACAAACUCUGAGAAACAACACAUUUAUAUUAUUUCAUAUCUUGAUAGAUUCACAGAGUGGUUGAUAGCAGAUAAACUCUGAUCCACAUGAAAAAAACUCGUCUUUAAAGGAGUGGCUUUAAACCUGUCCAUGUCCACGUGGAAAUAACAGUUUUUAGUGGCACAUUUAUAACUGAGAGCAGGUUAUGAUGCACUGAAGGAUGAGAGUUGAUCUACUAUCAAUGACUUCGAGUAACUGUAGACGCUACGCUAACAGGUGAGCCACACUGGCUAAAGCUGAAGCACAAUAUGUCAUAACAAGUAUCGUGUUAACACAGUCUCAUCAAAGAUAAAUGCACACUGUGGGAUUCACAAACAUAACGUAGGAACUAGAUUUAAAUGACUCUCUUCAAAUAAGUGUUUUUAAUACAAACAAAUGUAUUUGUCUUUUUCUGCUCAUGAAAACAAGUGAAAAAGUGAGGCUUGACCGAGAGAGAUCAGCUCAUCCUGGCUUCAUCCCUAAAACAUUUGCCGAGCCAGGAUUAGGGGGUGUGCCUACAUCAAACCAAGUGUAACUCAUUCUGGCGAGCAUGUGCUCAUGGCUUUCUGAAAUAGACUGCCACAGAUUUAUCGAUGCAGAUACGGAGAAAAAACAUGCCUCCUACCUUUUACAGACAGAACAACAGCUGAAAAUGGAGACAAACAAUGAAGUGAAGCAUUACAUGCUAAAACUGCUACAGGGUUGCUGUAAUAGAGCAGAGAGAAAAAGCCUGGCAGACAACAUGAACUGCCUGAGCAUGUAAGUGGUCAAAAGCGUAAAUUUUCAAACCACAACCCUUCUAAGAGGAAAUAUUUGUCAUUUUAACAGCUGUACCUUCUGGCUUAAAAGUGAUCAGUAUGAAUUAAUGUUGUGCCUGGCUCAUGCUUCUGUGUCAGACCUGCGCUGCAGUGGUCAUCGGCAUCUCCAUACUUUUGUGCUGUAGUAUCCACCUCACCUUAAAAUGCUCCUCCCAAAAUCUUGUCUACACUGUGGUGUCUGAGCUAGUUAUAUUAUCAGUGUCUGGUCCGGUCUGUGUACAAAUAACUAUGGCAACUGGUGGUAUAUGGUUGUCAGGUGAACUACAAUUACUGCAAAGAGAUAUCAAAGAAGGGUCCAUUGCAGGAUGGUUGUUGUGAUACGGCUUUAUUCCAUGCCAUGUACUGUGUUUAUACGAAUGCCACUGGUUUGAUAGGGUAUGAUGUGGUCUCCUGUAAGUUUUUUUUUAACUCACUGAGAGCUGAUUAGCUUCAGGUCAUCAACUGCUCUCUUAUUGGAUGGUUGUAAACCUGAUGAAGGUCUCUGUAGACCGUUGUUUCAUGAAAUACAUCAGCUAAAGAGAGACAAUGAGUGAGGGCUCCUUUUAUACGGUUUAAAGUUUGUGUAAUGGAAAUCUACAAAUAUAUGUUCUCAAAAGUAUUAGAUUUUUUUUAACAAAAAGAUAGGACAUCAUUGAACCUGCAUUUCUUAAGUGAGUAGUAUUUUUUAUCACAGAUGCAUUUAUGUGUGUAUCUUUAUGAGACUCCCCUGUACCGAGAUACCAGACAACGAUACUUUUAGUAAUCGUCAUACAUGCCAAGACAUACCCGCCUUUAUUAGCAUAACUAUUUUUUACAGGCUGUCAAUAAAAACAAAAGCUUUGUGGUUUCAUGAAACUGAGGGGACUGGCACGCUAUCUGGUUCUACAGAGCACUGACAGCACAGUCCUCAGGACCAAUCUGGGACCAGUGUUUAUAAGUACAUCCUGCUAGAUUAAAGUUGUAAAAUUAAGACAAUAAAGUCGUCAAAUUAUGUCUAAAAAAGUGGGUUUAGCCUAUAUUUUAUUUUGAAGGGGAAGAUCAGAUUGGCAGCCAGCAGAAAGAUGAGUAUUUUCAUCUAAAAAUAGAUCUCAAAGUAGAACCAGUCAUUGACUGUAUUAGCCAGCUGAUGGUCCAAAGAUGGCGACUACAACAAAAAAAGUGACCGAAACUCAUGAAUACAGAAAUGCCUGGUGACAUACCUGCCCACGUAUAGUGUGUGGGAAACACUAAAAUGUCGGAAACAUUACGCAGCUGUCAUCUAUUCAUCAUUAUCUACAAAAGUAGGAACCAGAAAUGUUUUUACAAAAUCUGUGGGUUGUAAAUCUUUUCCUACAGGAAGACGCAACACUGCAGCAGAGGCUGGUGCAAGAGAAAGAUUUCUGUGACAAAGAUUCAGAGUCAAAGUGUUUUGAGUUCAAAGUCUGGCCUAGGGUAUACUAAGCACAAGAAGGUGUACAACAGCUGAUAUGUCUUUGAGUGCACUUUAGUUACAAUUGUGAUGAGGAAGUUUUUGGUCAGUAUGGGGAUUGAAUCCAUGACCUUGGCGUUAUUAGCACCACGCUCUGACCAUCUGAGCUAACUGGCCAGGAUGUCGUUGCGCUCAUAGUCCAUUUUGAUGGAGCAGGGAGUCAAGGUGAACCCUAAAUGUAUAGUGGGAAAGGAUUAUCUCUGCUUCUAAAGGGAGGGUUUCAACCACGAAGGGACUUGAACCCUCAAUCUUCUGAUCCGAAGUCAGACGCCUUGUCCAUUAGGCCACGUGGUCUGAAAAAAGGACAAAUAUCACAAAUUUUAAACACAAACACAAAUUUUUCUCUCGACACGCUUGUCACUUUCAUGCCUAGCACCCACAUUGUGUAAUUUGAAAUAAGAAGUGCUGAAGAGCAAAGGUGGUGUGAUCUUGCCAUUUUGAGGAAUAGAGAACGCCAACCAAAAACUCUGAUCCAUAGUCUGAAGCCCAUAGCAAAGUGUUGUCCUGCUGUUUAGGGGGCACAUUCACGAGAUUGUAAAACGGCUUUUAUGGUUAACGAUGGGUAUUCCUUUCAUUAAUUCCCACAUACAGCGUUGGAUCGAAGAGCUUACACUCAUCAGGAUAGAUCUUAUUCAGUUUUUUUAAAAAUCGAGAGUGUUUACUGGGACACUGUGACCAGAGACAUUUUUCUCCUGUCUCCGUACAGCAUGAUACAGUACGGUGCUGAUCUUGAAUGCAGAAAAGAAAGACCUUCUCUGUGCAGGACUGAGGUGGCCAAAACCUCCAGAUCAAGACCAUCAUCAAACUCUCCAUCAUGCACACUUUCAAAUGUCUAGAAACAUACACACAAAACUAUGCUAACUUUAAAUGCCACCAACCAGUCUGCCCAGAUCCACAGAUAUCAACAGAAACUAAACACUAUUGUUUGUUAAAGUUGCUGUGCCCUGUGUGUAAAUGUAUGCAUGUGUCAGUUUGGGAAGUCCCCUGACGUUCAGAGGAAUUAUUUCAGUAGAUUAUUACAUCAAUCCACACGUUGACAUUAGUCAUACAGUGACCUACGUGCGAGUUCUGUGUGGUCAUGGGCACAGAGAGAGAAGGGGAAUUAAUUGUGUUGGGGAAGCGGUAACCUGCUGUGUGUAAAUAGGAGCACACCUGAGUGAGGGUGGACAAACCUAAUAGUUAAUUGUUUUCCCCGGGACUUUAGUCUGACAUUUUUUCACCCUGUUCCUGACUUAGCAUCCAGAUUGUGUGUUGCGUUAUCAUCAGAAGGAGGCAGACACACCCUGAUUCACUCGAAGCCCUGAUAUACUCUAAGGGCUCUAUUUUCGUGCCUUGCCUGCGACCUGACUUACAUGCGACGCAUAAGUCAGGUCCGCCACGCUGACAAGACACUCACAUAAAGUUACAUAUAUUCAAACCUCACGUGACAAAGGUGGGUUGUGCGCACAGAUCACAACAUUAACUCCAAAAAUGGCAUUAAAAUCGGAACCAUCUGUGCGUAAAUGACGCAUCGCGCUCUGUGGCCUGGCUGUUUCUUUCAUAGUUGUUGGCAUAUAAAAUAAAUUUGGCUCACAAAACUGAAUAUCAUAACAUUCGUAUGUAGGCUUAAAGUAAAUAACUCAUCUGAUCACUGAAACAAAUCAUCUGUUCAGCCGCAGCAGCAGCAGGACAGAGAGAGGAGACGUGUCCAGGUCGAGCUGUGCGAGAAAUAAGAGGAAGAGGAAGAAAGAAAAGGAGGGAGACGAAUUACAUAUCUUGUUAACUUCAUCAUGUGUGUUUAUUUACUAGAUAUUUAAUUUAAUUUAAUGCGGUUUCAGCUGUGUUGAUUCGGUCAGGUUGUGUGUCCAAACGCGUGCCAAACGCGCUCAUCAGAUCAGAUAUAGAUCAGAAUAUAUCUAUAUAGAUCUAAAUGUAUGUGCUGACUCAGAUUAUUAGUUGUUGGUGAUUAUUUAUUGCACUGAAAUGUGCCUGACACUGUGGAAACCUGCCGGUGAGGCAUCAGUGACGUAUGCCGAUACGCCGUCAGUCUACCAAAAUACUACUAGACCAGCUGCGCUCCGCCUGUACUGAAAGCUGACCAGGUUUGAAUCGGCGAGCUUUCAGCGCACUUUACAUGCCACUGGCGAGCACGAAAAUGUCACUGCUCCAGCUGAUCCUGUCGACACCUCCCUCUGCCACGCCACCAUGCCCAGCUUGGCGGACCUCGGUGCGCCUCAGUCCACGAAAAUACCGAACUGGCUGUACACCGGGCUCCGCCAGAUGAAAAUACCACUGCGCUGGGUCCGCCACCCUCCGCCGCCUCACCAGUGGACACGAAAAUAGAGCCCUAGAGCUUUCCCCCCUUAAAAAAUACAUAAAAAAUAGUGAGGUUGCUUAAAAAAGUAUCAUGAUUCAUUAUACAAACCCAAUUUGUGGAUGCUUAUUUGAAAAAAUGCGAUAGGUCCUGAGUUUGUUUCUUGCACUAUCCAAAUCCAUUUUAGCACAUAAUCUGAUUAAAGUUGUUUUUUUUUUUUUUUUCUGUGAUUUACAGGCUUUGGGACCACAGCUGGAGAUACUGAAGUGAAGGGAUGCAGAGGUGGAUGGGUGGACUUCAGGUGCAGUUAUCCAAAAUUUGAAAUAUAUCAUUAUGUUGAAGUGCAAUCCGAAAAAAGAACUAUAACAAGCAAUCAAAGGGAUGGCUGGGAAAAUCAUAAACGGUUUUCCCUGUACCAUGAUACUGCACAUCAUAAUCUGAGAGUCAUCAUCAGAAAUCUUAAAGAGAAGGACUUUGGGGAUUACAAAUGCAAAUUUUACCCAGAACCAGGCUCAGAGUACCCUGACGAGAGGAGGGUGGAAGUUGGUAAGUAGGUCACAAAUGUUUCCUCUUUAUUCUUGUCCUUCAUGUUGCCUUUUAGAGCAUUUUUAAACCGGGCCAAACAGGAACGCCACAAGCCAGUCAUUGACUUUAUGAAGCUGCUCCUUACUAUUUAAUGCAUGGAAGUGAAACCAAAGUCCUGAAACAGACAUCCCUGUGACGUUAGACUUCAGUAAGCACAAGAGGGGCAGCAAGACACCUUUGGGUGGCAGCAAGACAAUGUCCCACCUUUAUUAAAAAAAGCUUUAUUAUUAAUAAUAAUACGAUAAGAAAUUUUAAAUAAAACUGCUGAUUUAAUGACAUGAUGGAUAAUGAAAAAUAAAUCCCUGAUUUUAAAAGUGCUAUAUGUAUAAACUAAUUAUUAUUAAAUAGAUAAAUUGGUAGAUACAGCAAUAUAAGAGAUGGAUUAACGGAAGACAUGAGAAAGAUAUGAAGUAAAACAAAAAAGAUUUACAGCACAAAACCAAAGAUGAACAUAAAAAAGUGAGAAAUACUGAAAACUAUGUAAGAAGGUAAAAAGAUUUCAAAAAGAAUAAAAAGAUAAUAAACACAAGCAGCCAUCUUUAAUGCUGCCUGAUUUGCCUGGUAACAGCAUCUGCAGGAUAAAGCAUCUCAGAGAACACCCUCUGUAAAAACACAUCUCUAAAAAUGUGUUAUAUCUAAAGGAUGAAGAGUUUUCUACUCUUCACCUCUCUUCAUUUUAACUGUUGUCUUAGUGUACAAGUACCUGGUGGGAAUGAGUUGACUCAAGUAUGUCCACUUCAGCUAUAGUGACAAGUCCCCCUUUUCAACUCAUUUAUACUGGACCAUCUCCUGUUUUUAUUACUUCAUGUAUCAAAAAAAUCGACAAAUGCGUUAUCAUACGGCUAAUGUUUUUCUGUAUAUGAGAUUUGAGAUAAUGAAAACGCUGACAACUUUACAGCUCUGGGGUUUUGUUUUGUUAACAGUAAAGAAGUACUUCAUCUUUUAUCAAUGUUUCUUCUCCCACAGAGGUUGUGUUUAUGACCCUUAUUUACUAAAAUAUAUUUAUGCUGUUUAAGUUCUCAAUGCCUUUUUUUGUACACGUAAACAUAGACUUUGAUUCCCAGAAUGACAUGACAAAUUUUGAAAACUCUUUGAGUGGGUUUGGAGCAGAGAAAACUAUCCCUUGCAGUUAAAAACUAAAGGCUCUUGGCAUAAGGUCCACAAAAUAUAGGAAAUAACUUCAAUAAUGGGAAGCAAAUGGAACAACUUAAAACUGGGAGUUUCUUUCUUGUAUGGGGACACGGAUGCUGUGUUAGCUGGGGUGCUACAUUAUCAGUAUCAGUCAAGAUGUUGAAGAGCCAGCAUGACUUCUCUUAUUCAGUUUACAGAUCUGAGGGGGGGAUUACAAUAUUUCAAUGGUCAGCUGGAUGAGUAAAAGUCAACUCUCUCUGUUAUCUGUGUGAAGUGAUCCUGCCUCUGCUGUGUGGAGGAAGACUCAGAACUAUAACUUCUGACUAUAUGGAACAUGCCAUACCUGGUAGACAUUAUACAGAGAUUACAUGUUUAACUUUUUCCUUUUCAGAGGAGGGUAAAUGCCAGGAAACUUUUAAUCAAACCGCCUACAUCUCAGCUCAAACCAUCAUCGCAUGUGAAUACCCAAGAGCUCACAGCUCUGCAAUCAAGUUUUUCUGCAAAGAACGCGGUUCUGUCUGUGAGGAUAUUAUAUCAACAGACUCUCAGUCAAACGGGACAUUCAGUCUCACAGGAACCAACGAAGGUUUCAACGUGUUCAUCAGUAAUGUGUCUUCACAGCAUCAGGGAGUCUACUGGUGUGGAGUGAAAUCUGAGCAUGAAAAUUAUCGAGCUGGAGUCAGAAAAAUAAAUCUGACAGCUGUGGGUAAGUCAUUCAGAUCAGAUUUUUUAAAACUUUUGCUUUGGAAAAGUUCAGCUUCAUGUUUCCAGUGUUUGCAGUUUGAAGAGUUUCGUCCACUUGUGUUUCAUUAUUUCUGCAGGGAAUCAGUUGGUAAGCAUGGCUCUUUUGACCCCUGAUCAUACAAUUUAUAUAUCGCUCUAUUAAAUGUAUUUGUCUCAUCCCUCUCACCAUCAAAUCUCAUUUUUCAGUAUAAUAGCAAAAUUUUUGCUUCCAAAAGACACCUCCCAAAAACCUUGUCUUAACCCUAGAACACCAUCACACCAUCACUAUCGCCGGGUGAUUUCCAUCCAAAAUAAUAAUAAUAUACCCAAGAAGAAGUACUUGUCAUCAAAAUAUAUCAAAAUAGGACAAUACAUGACAAAUUAAAGUCAUUUUCCUUUAUUUUUAACUGUGCAAUGUCCAAAGGGAGGGAAAAAAGUGCAAUGAGGGGACGAUAGAUAGAUAGAUAGAUAGAUAGAUAGAUAGAUAGAUAGAUAGAUAGAUAGAUAGAUAGAUAGAUAGAUAGAUAGAUAGAUAGAUAGAUAGAUAGAUAGAUAGAUAGAUAGAUAGAUAGAUAACCAUAUGAGUUCCCUUGAAAAUCACUACUUUGUGAUAGUUAUUUAUAACCUCUGCGCUAAAUAAAGAUAGCAUGCAAAUUCCAUGACCACUCUUACUGACCUUAUUUGCCUACAUGCAGCUAUCAAAUCCACCCAAACCUACUUUACCCUCUAUCACUAUUGCCGGGUGAAAGUCACUCGAACACGUGCCUGUAGGAAAUAGUGGGUUUUGGAUCAGGGAAACAAAUAUGCCUUCAAACAUGUUAAAGGCAAAGCUGACCCAGGGACCCAUGAUACUCAGACAAACGCAAAAUAAUGAAAAUCACAUAAACAUGUUUGGUCAGGUGAAAAUCACUUGGUGAUUGUGUUCUAGGGUUAAAAAGGCGGUCAUCUUAUAAUUAGGGUAAUCUGAACUGUGGUACCUAUCAGGGCUCCAGCAGAAAGUGUACAGGAACCCGUCAAUACGUUAUUCUUCCUACCACAUAAAUUACUUUUGGGGGUUCUAUUUGGGAGGUUAUUUUAAACUAUGUAUGAGUGUCCUUGUGCAAAUUUGUCACAUCAAGACCUAUAAAAGUCCCUUAACCCAAGAAGGGCCAACUUGGCAGCAGGGAAUAUCAUGCUUGCCCUCAUAUUAUGCUUCCUCGACAUUCCCAGACCUCCUUUUCAUUGAGAGCCCAACAGUGUACGCAGAACCCUUUUGCCAUAACCACACUGUUUUUGCCAUGAAACAGGAAGUGUUUUUUGAGGGGCUUAUCAUUAUUGUAGGGUCACCAAAUGCAGUAAACCAGCAUGUAGUAGACCCAUAACACUUUUGAUAUAGGUACAGUCUCUGGGCGUGACGUAAUAGUGUGUUCAGCCACACCUAUGAUCUGAAAAAUUAUCAAAAAUGUUUAGUAGAAUAAAGUUCCUUUUACUGGGGCCUCUCAGGACUUACUGCCCCUUGAAGAUAACCCAGACCCUGUCUUUGGUUAAUAGAGAGGACACUUGAAAAAUGAAAAAUUAAGUGGCUUCAGAAACAAAAGUCAAAGGGAGUGGCCAUGGCAUCUGUCUGUUCAAAGUUCAUCUUCUGGAAAACAUUUAUUUCCCUGCAUUUGUCCUGAGUUACACUAACGUUUAUAUUUCCAACAUAGAUCAUCACAGCACUUCCCCUUACUGAUUGCUGUAUAAAAAAUGCAUGACCACUGCUUGGCAUGAUUUAAGAGGAUGUGAAAGGAAAUGCCUUGCACUACAUGUUGUGUUUCAAAUACACAAAAAUCAGAUGUGUAAUUAAUGUCUUUUGUUCGCUAAUUUGAAGCAGUCGCAGCAGACGUCGACUGAAGCUCCUUUACAAACUGAAAACUGACACACCAUAAUGUGAAACAACAUUAAUGUAUUUUUUUCACUAUUUCAAGCCACAUUCACACACUCAUUUUAUAAAGUCAAUUAUGUGUGUUUCUCUCUGUCUCUAGGUAUUCCCACCUCCACACUGACCGUAUCUAUUGGACAGACUUUUACACACUCCUGUCAGUAUCCAAACAAUGCUCUAAUACAGAAAUUCAUCUGUCAAGGACACAAUCCCUCUACAUGUCGAACAGUUUGGAAGUAUACACAGUCUGCAUCCCCCCCUGAUAGGUUUUUAAUAAAACUAGAUCACCAUAAAACAAACAUCGACAUCACAGUGAGAGCCGUAGCAUCAGAGGACGAUGGGAUGUACUGGUGUGGAGCAAAAGACUCCACAUCACUCAGUAACCGUUUCUAUGCGGGAUUUAGGGUGAUUGUAGGUGAGUUGUUUCAUUGUGUUUUUCACUUCUCUGGUUUAGACAGGUGGUCUUAACUUUGUGUGCCACAUUUCCUGAUUAGAGGGGAAAAAAAUUAUAUACAUACUGUAUAUACACCUAAUAGUUGUGGUCCUUAAUGCUGAUUGUAAUGAAUAGAGGAUGAACAAAGAAGCAGCGGCAGGUGGUCUUGAGCUUGCCGUAGCUGCCCUCUACGAGAUGAUCUAUUAUCUACUGUUACUGACCUAACUAUCCUUUUUACUAUUUUCACUUGGUUCUGUAACUUAUCGUCAACUUGAUGAGGUGUAUCUUGAAAAAUAAAAGCAUACUUUGACCAUUAGUGAAUUAGUUAAUAGUCAAUUAGUUAAGUUAUUUGUUGACCCCCCUCUUCUUUCAAUUUGACUGACUGUUUUUUAUUUGUUUAUUUUUGUUAUCCAUAAAUAUUUCCAUAUCAUUGAAUAUCUUGAGGUGAAAACCUGAUGUCCUGACAGCCCUGUCUGGAGCAUGUUUUCCUUUCUCUGUCAGUCAUUUUAAUUUUUUACAUCAAAAGAAGGUGUGUUUCCCCUCAACUUUCUGCAUUAAUAAAAAUGGAAAAACGUUGCAUCACUUUGCAUCAAAUAAUACAUUUAAACUUGAUGCACAGGACUCUACCUUUUCAAAAAUACAUUAAACUAACUUUGCUGCUUAAGAACACUGAGAAAAUAAAUUCAACUUUGAAAACCUACAAUGCAAAAGAAGAAACGACCUCCACUUUAACUUUAUCAAACUACUCUUUGUGACAUUUAUUAUUAAACUGCUACAUCUGUAUGUCAUUGUUUUUGCUUAAAGAAAAAAUCUUCUGUUUCAUUAACCUUCUUUUCUUUCAGGUUGUCAGAUUGCUCAAAAAACUUGAUUGUAUUCGUAGCUACUUUCCCUGAAGGAGUGUGGUUUCCAUCAUAUCAGCUCACAGUUCCAUGUCAUGGGUAGCUUACACAAGCUACACAAGUGAAGGCUUCUUUAAUGCGGAAAUAUAUUUACAGGUUUAGGAGCAAAAUAUGCUGCCAUCCAGACAACGACUUUUUCAGGGGAGACCUUCAUAUUUCAGCAAGACAAUGACAAACGACAAUGAGUCCUGCUGCUAAGCUGGUCUGGUAAAAACAUUUUGACAACAUGAAGCAUCAUGAUACAAAGGAGACCCUGAACUGUUGAGCAGCUGAAAUCCCUUAAAGGGAUAUUCCAGCGUAAAAAUUAAUUUAGGGUCAAACACACCUUAACACCGAGUUAGACACCCCCUGGAGAGAUGAAUGUUGCCGACUGCUUGCUUCUCUAGUUAUACCAACUUUAGUAACAGCCGCAGAUAGCAAUACACAGCGGUCUGAGGAGCCAUAAACAAACCUCAACCAAAACACCACUCUAUAGCCACAAAUAAUGCUCAGAACAGCACCUAACUUCAUCAACAGUACAUAUAGGGUUCUAGCCAUAGCACUAGCCACCAAAUAUCUUUACUUUUUCCUGAUUUCUUCAGCAACACAACUCACCUACUGUCUUCCAGCAGCCGCUUGUUUGUAGCAAGACCUCGGACCAGUCCAUUACGGACUGCAGUGGGGUGAUGCAGCUCAAGGAAGAACAUUUAUGAUCAUUUCUUCAUGCAAAUGCAAUCAGACUGAGACGCUAAGGCAGAAGAACUACUAUGAUUGCAGUGCAAAACGAUUAUCAUGAUGAUUAUUACUUCAAGGAAAUGAUAACAUUCAUCUCUCAAGGGGGUGUCUGACUCGGUGUUAUGGUGUGUUUGACCAUAAAUUAAUUAUACGCCGGAAUAUCCCUUUAACAGGCAAGAACAGGACAACCUUUCACUUUCCAAACUCCAGAAACUGGUCUGCUCGGUUCACUGAGGUUUACAGAGGGUUGGUGAAAGAGGAGCUGAUGACACGAUGGGAAACAUGAACCUGUUACAACCUUUUUGAAAUUUGCUGCUGACACCAAUCUCAAAUUAGCGAGUAACUAUUUAUAUUUUCAAUCCAAUACAGGCUUUGAGUGAGUUUUCAACCACCAAGGUCUAAUGUUAUUUACAUGUUAAACAACACUUUAACUCCAAUAAAUCUGGAGAUGAAUGACUUAAGAGGAUAAACUGCAUCUGUUUUUACGUAUUUUCAGUCUCCUCUACAACAUCUACAACCUGUACGACCCAAUCACCAUCUACAUCUUCUGUUUCUGAGAUCGAGACUACAUCUACUGUUUCUGAGGCCCAGACUACAUCUGUGUUUGACCAGGGAAACAGUGAGAGCAAACAUUUUUUUUGUUUUUACUGAAGCAGGAGGAGGAAGAAAAACCACUAGAAACCUCUCAUUCUUUUGAACACUAUUGUUUGUGUUGUGGUUGACAUUUGUGCAGUGACGUGUCUGGUUUUGUCUCUGUCAGGUGUCUCUCUGUCAUCUGUGGUCACUCCUGUGGUCGCCAGUGCAGUCACACUGCUGCUUUUGCUGGUUUUGUUUCUUGUCUACAAACGUAAGAGAUUUCUUUACCUUUUUGCGCAACACAUAACACACAAUUACACACAAUUACACACAUAAAUUUGCAAACCUGGAGGCACACUUCGUCAAAGCAGGUGUUUAAAGAGAGAAUAAAGGGUUCAGAUUUUCCAUGUUUGGUCAGUUUUAAUAUUUUAUUUGCUGGAUAAAAAUUUCAACAGGAGAAAACAUAAGCUCUGAGGUUGUGUUGGAGAAAUUACUCCACUUCCUUUUCCUGUGUGAUUGUGUCAGUAAGUUUAAACAUUUUUGUCUGUCUUUCUCUUUCAGGAUUGAAGCGCUCAAAAAGCACAGAAGUACAAAACCUGAAAGAGGUGCGUGACUCCACUUUAGUAAAUGCAUUUGUGUGAGUGUGUAUUUGAGGAGGGACAUCAUGUUAUCUAUGACACCAUGAAGCAUGUUGCACGGACACACUUCUUUUUUUUUUUUUAGCCACAGUGUGAAACAAUAUAAUAUAAUAUAGUUUCAUAGUAAUAUAGUAUAAUUUUGAAACUUUAACACUUAGAUCAAACUGUCUUUAUAAACUCAUGUCCAAGUCAUGUUUUUAUGUCUUUGCACACUUUGUUUUCAUUCUGCUCUGAAAGGAUCCAGCCUAUGAGGAGAUUCAGGAGCGCCCCCACAAGCCCAACUCAGGAACUGCUCUUCACACCAUCUACACCACUGCCAACCUUCCCACAGUCCCCUCUGCCCCUCCGGAGUACUCCAACAUGACCUUUAAUAACAGCUCAGAAGACAUUAACAGUGGCACAUAUGCAACUGUGAAAGACGUCGCCCAAACCCCUGCCUAUUCUACUGUCAAUCACCCACACAGAUUAGCAGAAGACCCUUUUUAUUCGACUCUCAGUCAACCCCAGCAGCAGUGAGGAAGUUUAGACUGUUUUCAGUGUGACUGUCAGGUUCAAUCUCCUGGAGGGACAAAUUCCCACUGUUAAAUCUGCAACAGUAAGACCGAACGAAACCAUCUGAGCUUAAUUAACACACCUUUGGAGGACCAUAUUAUUAAACCAGGAGAGUUGAACACUUACCUUCAUAAAUAAAAACAUACGUAAGAGAGUACAACAGAGUAUAAGGUCAACAUUGAGGGCAAAGGGAAAGAUUUCAAAUCUAAAGUCAUCGUCUUUUCAGAAUAAAGUUUUGUUAGGAGAACAAAGUGAUGUUUCAAGAAUAAAGGGAUUUGUUAUAAGAGCAACUUAUGUUACAAGAAAAACUUCAUGUAAAUAUAUUCCAGUUGUUAAUUUAGUCAAUGAUUAGGUCUCAGCUUUUUGUUCAGUCUUUACAGAGUCCUGAUACUUCUCACAAUGAGGGGGAAAAAACAUUAGAGACACUUUGACCACUUUAACUUUAAGUUCCUCAUUUUGGUACGGACAGCUUGCUGCUCACCGUGAUACGACAACUACCACUUUAUCACCACUUUAUUCUCAGUUUUUACUGACUUCUUGUUAGAUUUUGACUUUAUUUUUGAAAUUCUUUUUAUUAAAGUGGCCCUAAUCCUCACAGAAAAAAGAUUAUAUAGAUUAAAAAAAACAUCAGUUAUUAUUUUCUUUUCUUUUUCAACUUUUUGUUUUAACUUUUUGUUUAAUUGGCUUUUUCCUGCUGUUUUUCUAAGUUUAAGUAGCUUUAAAGAAGCAGAUUUUUUUUAUGAAUAAUAUGGGAGACUUGUCAGGGUGGGAGAUCCAAACACAACCUCUAACAUGGUAAAUGACCCUGAACAGCCUGAAAGAUCUUCAUUAGGGGAGGAAACAUGCUACAAAUGCAGAAAUGACACAACCUUAAAAACACAUGCAACUCUUUCAUCCUCACACAAUAGUGAAAACAUGCUGCAAAAACAACAAAGUGCUAUAAGUGAUACAAGCAAGAAGGCAAAUAAAUAUGACCUGCUCUCUCUCUUGAACAUGUUCAGUACCUAGACAGGUAAAGAGAUACAUACUCGUCAUUUCAGAAGUUUGUCAGUCUAAUUCAGUGUAAGAAGCUCCCCUCUUUUGGACUAGCUUGGUGGAUUUACCUGUUAUUUGUCUGUGCUGGUAGGAGAGAGAGAGUCACCAAUGAGCGAUCCACAUUGACUCUUCAUUGGAGAAAGAUCCCAAACACUUUCCAUAAAUAGGCGUCAGAGUAAAGAGUCAUGAAGGGAUAAGGAUGGAACUUCUAUGGUGAAGGGGUCUGGGGGUUCAUUGAACUCAUUUAGGGCCAGAAUAACAACUUUGCCAUAGAAACCAAAACUGUGUCUGUAGGGGGGGCUGUAAACAUGUUUAUAUUUGCUGUGGAGUUUGGUAUUUUCAAAAGAAGGCUCAGAGGCGAUUGACUCACUUUUGGAGACAGCAUCUAGUGGAAAUUCUGGGAACUGCAGUUUUUUUUUCUUUCUUCAGUGGUGGCUUCACUUUAAUACCCUGGAUGUUUCCACAAGAUUAAUCACGCUGUUCCACAUAACUUGUAAUUAGCACCCUGCUCAUGUGGUUUAUUUAUCAGACUAAAUUCAGUGUACAACAUGUGCAAUAUUUUAAGCAACUUUGUGUACUUGUCUUUUAUUUUAUCUGUACAUUUAUCUUAUGUUUUUUAACUUAAAAAGCUGUAAAACUUGAACACAUUAUUAACACAAAUUCAUGUUUAUGAGCAAAGUUUUGGUCCUGGACCUUUCAAAUGUCUAAAAACAGUUAAACAAUUACUUUUACUUUCCUUUUCAAUAUUGUAAGAGGUUUUUAUGUUUGCUCUGCAGUGACAAUAAACAAAUUUGAUCUUUGCAUUGA